AAGUCAGAGAGCUGUGUCACUCUGAAAGAAAAACGGACCUCUGCGCUGAAACACUUCUCUCUCCUGCCGCAGACAAAGCCUCUUCGCCAUGGGGAGGAUUGGCAAGGAAGUGGCAGGUCAGGUCAUCAGCUUCAUAGGCCUGAUUGGAGUGGCGGUGACCUGCGGGAUCCCCAUGUGGAGAGUGACCACUUUCAUCGGAGCCAACAUCGUGACUGGCCAGAUAGUGUGGGAUGGUCUGUGGAUGAACUGUGUGAUGCAGAGCACGGGACAGAUGCAGUGCAGCCUGAAUGAGUCUGUGCUGAGGUUGUCCCCGGAUCUGCAAUCCGCCCGAGCUCUGGUCAUCAUCUCCCUCGUCUUCGGCUUCAUCGGCUUCAUGAUCACCUUCAUUGGAGCCAAGUGCACCGGCUGCCUGAAUAAAGAUUCAUCAAAGGCCAAGGUGGUGAUCAUAGGCGGCUGUCUCAUCAUUCUUUCUGCCGUCCUGGUCCUGAUCCCCGUCUGCUGGUCUGCAGCCAUCACCAUCUCAGACUUCGAGAGCCCCUUGACGGUCGAGACGCAGAAGAGGGAACUCGGAGCAUCCAUCUACAUUGGCUGGGCCUCUGCUGUACUUCUUCUUAUCGGUGGGAUCAUCUUAACCACGUCAUGCCCUCCUCAAAAACCCAUGUAUGGAUACCCAAGCUACCCACCAGCACCAAUGUACCCAUAUGCAGGCCGAGUGGCAAACCCAGCAACAUACGGUCCUAUCUACGCUCCCCCAUCCAGCCGACCAUAUACAGGGACAGGGACAGGGACAUAUGUACCCAACAAACCGUAUGCAGCACCAGCCGCAUAUUCCCCUGCACAGUACCUAUAGAGACUGAGAGGACGCACAGAGGAGAAAAGACUGAAAUUUCUGCCACGAUGGCUUCAGGAACUUGUUGUGCCACUAGAAAUCAAAAAUUGCACCAAAAUACACAUUGUAUUAAUAGAGAAUGGUAUGUAUUCCAAUACAUUGCUGGAAUGUAAAAGUAAUUCACUCACAAACAAUCGUUGUGAUCUUUGAUUUUAAUGAAUCUUUUAUAAAAUGUUUUUCUUUUGGUUGAUUUAUUGACAUAAGAGGAAUAUUGUGUCAUCAUGGCUUUGUGCAUUGCUUUUCAUGAGGAAGUUUCUCUUAAUAUAUUUAUUUCCUUGUUAUACAGAGCAUAUUUUGUAAAUAGUGAUGAUAUGUGAUGUGUCUGUUUUCUGUAAAUGCCACUUUACUUUUGAGAUUAUUCAAAUAC